AUGGCCGCCCCAACUACCAACACCAUCACUGUCACCCUUCAGCAGGUUGCCAAGAUGAUUGAUCACUCACUACUUCAUCCUACUAUGACCGACGCCGAUAUUCUAGAAGGCGUGCGCAUUGCAAAGAAGCACGGCGUUGCCACGGCAUGCGUGAAGCCGUACCUCAUUCCGCUCGCCAGAGAAGAGCUCCAGGGCAGUGGCGUGCUUCUCUGCCCUGUCAUCGGCUUCCCGCACGGUAACAGUACCACCGAAGUCAAGAUCUUUGAAGCCAACCAGGCGGCUGUCACGGGUGGCAAAGAGAUUGACAUGGUCGUCAACAUCGGCGAAGUCCUCGGAGGCGAGUGGGCCUAUGUUGCUGAAGAAAUUCGGCAAAUCAACCAUGUCGUCGUCAAGCAUGGCGCAAUACUCAAAAUCUGUUCCGAUGUUGGCGUCGCAUUUGUCAAGACCUCGACUGGGUACGGUUUUGUGAAGCAGCCCAAUGGCUUGUACACGUACAAAGGAGCCACUGUUCGGCAUCUGAAGCUUAUGAGGGAGCACUCAAAGCCCGAGGUCCAAGUAAAGGCUGCUGGUGGCAUUCGGACGCUGGAUGAUCUGCUUCACGUCAUGUCGCUUGGGGUCACUCGAAUUGGCGCCACUGCCACCGUUGCAAUUAUAGAGGCUGCGAUUGCGCGUGGAAUCACGGAUCAGCCGACUGAGGUGGAGUUUAAGCCCAUCAGCGGGCCAUCGACGGGAGGUUACUGA